AUGGCUUAUGUUGCUUUAACUUCUCUAAAGACAACAAUUGAGCUUCAUUUUCUGCAACCCAUCCCAAGAGUUCCUCUUCAUCUUCAUGAUGAUCAAGCACUCAUCAAAUCUUUCUAUGAAAACCUUUCUUCUUUGCAGGACUUUCUUGAAGAGAAAUCAAGUGUCGGUGGUGCUGCAAUCAAAUAUUUUGGAACCUUAGUAAGAGACUUUGCACUCAAGGUUGAAGAUGACAUCGAAAUACAGCUAAGCAACUUUGUUGUGGCCAAAGCCAAAGACGACGCAGUGCAUCAAGAAGCAACUUCCCAGCAACUCUGUCAAAUCUUGCAACAAGCACAAGAAAAUACUGCAGAUGUGGUGGAGAUUAUCAACUGCGGAGGAGAGUAUGAGAGACAGAAUGGUGAUUUAACUUAUCUCAAGAGAAUAAUGGAUCAUCAUAUGAAGUCUAUACAAUCCAACGGGAGGAGCAUGGGUUAUGAUCAAAUUCAAACCCUGUUCAAAUCUCUCAUUGAAAGUCUUUCUUCUUUGCGACAAUUAUUUCUUCAUAUUCGUGCUCCUUCAAUCAAAGAUUCGGAAACCGAAAUAGGAGAUUUAGUUGAAGAUGAGAUCAAGAUACACUUGAGCAGUUUUGUUCUGGCCCAAGACACAGUGGAUGAAGAUGAAGCAUCCUCGGAACUGUGUCAAAUCUUGAAACAAGCGGAAGAAAAGAGAGUAGAGCUGGAGGAGAGACUGAAGACUUAUGAAUGUUGUGAUGAUUUAACAGAUCUCUUGAGAGCAGUUAGGUUAUUGCAACCCACCAUAUGGUUGUCUGACGACGUAAUAACAGCAAUAGGAUCUCUCGAAAAAACGCUCUUUGCUUUGCAAAAGUUUCUACAUAAAUCCAAUUUUGGUGCAGCUGAAAUCACAGACUUUGUACUCAAAGCUAAAAAAGACAUCAGAAAACAAUUUAUUAGAAACCUUUGUGUGGCCAACAAAGAGCACCUAGAAGAACUCUUUCAAACCUUGCAUCAAGCUACAGAAAACGCAGAUAAGGUGUUGAGCACUAUCCGCAACACAGCAAGGAAUGAAGCCAAUCAUACUCAGUCUGAAUUUGAAUUCUCGCGGUGCUAUCCAAAACUUGAGGAGGGAAGAAUGAUCGGUCAUCAAAAUGACGUUAGUAUGAUCAAGGAUCGACUCUUCAGUCAAUUUGAUGGUGUCAAAGUAAUCCCAAUUAUUGGGAUGCUAGGCAUAGGGAAGACUACUUUAGCAAGAAAAAUCUUGGAAGAUCAAGAGGUUGCAUUGCAUUUCCAGGUACGGGGAUGGGUUACAGUGACUCAAAAUUACAAAGAGACCAAAGUGCUACGGGACCUUCUCCAGUCAAUUUCACCAAAUCAUGAAAUUAAAAAGGAAGUCCCUCUUUGGGAGCAGGUUUGUGAAUGCUUGAAUGAAAAGCGGUGUCUAAUUGUUUUGGAUGACAUAUGGAGCAAUCAUCUUUGGGAUCGAUUAGAAGACUUAUUUUGCGAGUCUGCAGUGAAUGGAAGUUGCAUAUUGCUAACCACUAGAUUCUAUGGAGUGGCUAACUUUGCUUGCAAAAUCAAAGGUACAUAUCAUGUUAUGAAUUUACUAGAUCGAAAUGAAAGUUGGGAUCUAUUCUAUACUAUCUUUCCUCUUCAAAGGUAUAGGGCACCAAGUUUUGGAAAAUUCAGGAGUGACUUGUUCCAUGUUGUGGAAAUAUGUGAAGGAUUGCCAGUGUCAAUUUUUGUAGUUGCCAAGCGCUUAUCUGAAUGCAAAAACAACAUACAACAUGAAUUGAAAAAGAUUGAAAAGGAAAUAGAAUUGUUGGGGAUUCUAGAUUACAAUGCACUCAUUCUUAUGUACAAUGAGUUGCCAGAAUAUUUGAAAGUUUGCUUUCUAUAUCUUGGAGUCUUUCCAAAACGCAGUGAAAUCCAAGUUGAAACAAUUCUUAGGUUAUGGAUUGCUGAAGGAUUUGUGAAGCCAUCAAAGAAUGAGGAGUUAGAAACAAUUGCUUAUUGUUACUUGAAGGACCUCAUUGAUUCAAGUCUUGUGUUGAUAUGCAAACAGACUUUUGAUGGCAAAAUUAAAACUUGUAGGGUGCACAAUGUCAUGCAUAACAUCUGUUUUAGAGAGGGUCAGAAAGAGGGAAUUUUGUGUGCAGUAAAUACUCAGCAACUUCCAACGUCGUCAUUAAAUGCAUUUGCAAAUUCGUGCCGUUGGUUAAGUUUAUGCAAACAUAGGUUUGACUAUUAUGUGUUGUUUAGUUCAAACAACCCUCGCUCCAUUUUCUUCUUUCAAGAAAACACUGAAAUUUUUGUGUCCUUGAAGCUGUUAAGAGUUUUGGCAUUUGUUCAAUCUUCAUUUCUCCAAAGACUGCCAAUGCAGCAAUUAGGAGAUUUGAUAUUUUUAAGAUAUUUAUCGGUAACACAAUGGUUUGAGGGUCUGAGUGAUGUUGUGUCAACUAAUGUGAAUUUGCAAACACUUAUUAUUUCCCAUAAUGGAGCGGAUAUGUGUUUGCCAUCUAAAGUUUUGGAGUCACCACAGCUAAGGCAUGUUGAGGUUAGUUAUGCUCUUUCAGUGGAUCCUCCAAAUGAGGUCAAAGAGGCCUUGCAAACAUUGUACUGGUUGAGUCUAGACCAUUGUACCGAAGAAGUGUUUUCAAGGAUUCCAAAUGUAAAAAAGUUGGGGAUUAUUUGUGGAUCUAAACCAAGUCCAAAGGCCAUAGAGCCUGCUAACCUUAAGAACCUUGAAUGUUUGUAUAACCUGGAGACAUUAAUGAUUGCAUUCCGGAAAGGCUCACCAUCAGGCCUUCGGGAACUGAGGUACUGUUUGCCACUAUACAUCAACAUCAGGGAAUUGAAACUGAAGAGAACUUGUUUGCCGUGGAGUGAAAUAAACUUACUUGGCAUUUUGCCCAAUCUUGAAGCACUGGAACUGAAAGAAGUGUCUGAUUAUCCAAAUUGGAAACCCACAUGCACAGUUGGUCACUUCUAUAAGCUACAAUUCUUGUACCUUGAAGCUGAAAACCUUGAAAGUUGGGAGGUCGAUGGAGAGAAUCAGUUUCGCUGCCUUAAGCACCUAAUCCUUAAAAGGUGUACCAAAUUGAAAGCUAUUCCAACUGGCUUUGAAUAUGUAAACACACUGGAGUCAAUUGAGUUACUAAAUUGCCCCCACCUUGUUAAGGAAUCUGCCCAAGAAAUUAGUGAUAACCGGGAGAUUUAUGGAAGCAAACCCAUCAUUAUUCGCCAUGGUCUGCCUCUUUUCUCUCACAGUAUGUCUUUUUUUGAAUUAUAA